CAGCAGUCGGAAGGUUUUGAUCAGUAACGGUAAAGUGACUUUGAAUCUCCAUAAUCGAUAACUAUGGAGCUUCUUCUUCUGGUGUUUUUCUGUCUCCUGACUGGCUCUGAAGUAACGUUUGGUGCUGAAAACGAGCCAGAAGUCAUCACAGUGGACGAAGGAAGUGAUGUCAUUUUACCCUGUUCAUUCAACACAACGGACAUUACUAACAAGAAGUUUGAGUGGAAGAAAGAUGGUCGUCAGGUGUUCCUGUAUGAUGAGGGCUAUCAUUCUAAUAUCGUCAAUACAGUUCAAGAUCAGCAGUUCAAAGGACGAGUCGAACAUUUUCCAGAUAAACUGAAGUCAGGCAACGCCUCCAUAAUCAUCAGUAAUAUAAAGGUGACUGACAGUGGAGAAUACACCUGUGAAUUUCCAAAUCUUCAGCCAAGUCAAAUAUUCUACAUACAGCUUCGUGUUCUUGUUGAAGCUCCACAGCCAUCUGUCAAGAUACUUGAUCAAAGAAAGUUCAGUGCAGAGCUGCAGUGUGAAGUUCGAGGAGCUUUUCCAAAACCUGAAUUACACUGGGAGGACGGAGCUGGAAACAAACUUCUUGCCCGAGACCCACAGGAGUCAGAAAGAGGAAGACUCUACGACAUCAUCCUCCAAACUAUUGUGACCAAGACCGACAUCUAUCACUGUGUUGCUACACAGGAGGAAAUCAACCAUCAGACUCAUGAUGACAUAUACGUGCAUAUCACUGAGAAAACAAUUAUCAUAAUGGGAGAAGGAGGUGACGUAAUUUUACCCUGUUCACUCAACACAAAGGAGGACAUUACUAACAACAAGUUUGUGUGGAAGAAAGGAGGUUGUCUUAUGUUCCUGUAUGAUAAAGGCCCUGUUAAUGACAACAAUCAAACUCAAGAUCAGCAGUUCAAAGGACGAGUCUCACAUUUUCGAGAUGAACUGAAGUCAGGCAACGCCUCCAUAAUCAUCAGAGAUAUGAAGAAGGCUGACACUGGAAACUACACCUGUGAAUUUCCAGAUCUUCAGCCAAGUCAAAUAUUCCACAUUAAGCUUGUUCUUGAGCCAACAAUCAUCAGAGUGGAAGAAGGAAGAGACGCCACUUUACCCUGUUCACUCAGCAGCAGACAGGACAUUACCUCAGAGAAGUUUGAGUGGAAGAAAGAUGGUCGUCAGGUGUUCCUGUAUGAUAACGGCCCUGUUAAUGACAACAGUCAAACUCAAGAUAAGCAGUUCAAAGGACGAGUCAAACAUUUUCCAGAUGAACUGAAGUCAGGCAAGACCUCCAUAACCAUCAGAGAUAUGAAGAAGGCUGACACUGGAAACUACACCUGUGAAUUUCCAGAUCUUCAGCCAAGUCAAAUAUUCCACAUUAAGCUUGUUUUUGCCCCGAACCCCCGUGAUGAUGAAACAGCCGGACUGCUAGCUAAUGAAACAGACGGAGGUGCUGUUAAAGACUCUGGAGUCUAACAACGUGCCUUGAAGUUGACUGUUGAAGUGUGUGUGCUCUUGUAUCUUUUGAUUUUUGUGAGGAUCAGUUUGAGUUUUAGACCAAAACAGUGAAAACACUUUUGGAGCAGUUGGAGCAUUUUGUCUUCAUUUAUCCAAAGGCUGGUUUUUAAGUUGAGGUCUGGUUUUAGAGUUAAAGAUAGAAACACACGACUGUAUAAACCUGUUAACUUUAAGAUGAAGCUUCCUGUCUUACUGCAACAGGACCAGGAGGGGGCAGUGUAGAUCACAACAUGAUGUCAAAUAGAAAACACUGAAAUGCCCAAAAAACAGAGAACAGAACAGUUUCAGCUGCCUCAACCUUAAAUUUGAGUUUUCAUAAAUACAAUCCCACACAUUUACCCUCAUUAACUCAAAUUAUAGUAACUUCACAAACAUUUAGUUUCAAGAAUUAAUUAAAAAACUAUCAAACACUGAUAGAAAAAAAGAAAACUAACCUUUUAAAUGUUCGAAAAUGUCAUAAUGCAUUUUAAUGUGAGUAUUGGCAGAAUUUCAGUGUUCAUCACAGGAGAUUUUGAGGUUGUUUCUGUUUAUUUCAUUUAUUGGUUUAUUUACCUUGAUAAACAUUGUUGUAAAUAUGCUGAGUCAGCCAGAAGUCUGGUUUUCAUCCACAGUCCCUCAACAGAUGUUACAUAGUCGCCCUAAAAUAAUACAUUCAAAAAUAUAAAACAAUAAAACAGAAGACAAACACAUGUAGAGACCAUGAAACUCUCCACUGGACUGUUGUUGAGAACAUUAUAGUUCAUGGAUAAAUGACGUGAACCUGCAGAAACACAAUCAAACUCACCUGAGGCCGUUUAUCAUUUAUAAUUUGGAACUUGGAAAAUGUGACAAUGAGGUAGUAAAGCAGGAUAAUCAAACAAUCAUUUAAAAUAAAUCAAUAAAAUACCAAAUACAGCAGAAUUAAAAAGGGUUAAGUUAAAAGCAGAAAACUAGGAGAAGAUCCUCUGAUGAAAGUGAGUUUUUUUAGGAAGGAUUUCAAAGAUCAAACUUAUUGAUGUUCUGAUUUUUAAGAGUCUCAGACCAGAAACAGUCCAGUGACUCUGAACAAUCAGCUGGAAACGACCAGGAGACUCUGACUGAGGAUUUCAGGCUGCAGCUCAGAACACAUUAAACCAGUGGUCUCCAACCCUGCUCCUGGAGAGCUACUGCCCUGCAUGUUUUAGGUGUCUCCUCACUCUAACUCGUUAUCAAGCAGCUGAGGCUCGUCAAAGGGCUUGAUAACGAGUUGAUUAUUAGAAUCAGGUGUGUUAGAGUGAGGAGAUACCUAAAACAUGCAGGGAAGUAGCUCUCCAGGAGCAGGGUUGGAGACCACUGCAUUAAACCCUUUAUAAUGUGCCUUGUAGCUUGAUCAUUAUCAACAAAAACAUUAUUAAUGUUUGAUUAAUCUUAUAGAAAAAGACAUUCACAAUCACUGUUUUAUGAUCCAGGAGAAUGUUUUAUAGAAUAUGAUGAAUACAACAUGUUUUAAUUUUUUUUUUUAAAUUAGCACAGGUCAAACUUGUACAUUUUGCUUAUAUAAGAUAUGUAUCAGCUGCUUUUGUAAACUUUGGGUCAUGUUAGGAAAAGUUCAGCUAAAAUAAAUGUAUAUAUGGUGUUUUUUCAGCUCUCAAAUGAAACAAUGGGUCAAAUUUGAUGCUGAACAGUUUGUACAGGUUAAGAAACCUCAAUGAAUACUGAGAACUGUUGUAGUUGUGAUGGACUACAUUUGAUCUCUGAUCCUCAGCUGAAAUAAACAACCAUCGUAGUCACCCAGACUUUAAAAGAUAAAGUAGAAAUGUGUGCCAGUGGUCGUGCUCCUGUCAUCAUGUCAUGUUACUACACAUGACAGGUAAAGGCAGCGUCCCUGGUUCGAUUCCAGCAGGGGACCUAUGCUGUUUCCUGUCGGCCUCUCUGCCAGUUACUAUCAAAAUAAAGGCAAAAAGCCCAAAAAUAAAUCUAAAAAAAAAAAAAAAAAAGAUCCUCACUGAGUCUGACUGCACUGAAAUAAAACUUGCUGUUACGCUUUGAAUCAAUGUAAAUAUUUAGCAGCUUAAAUCAUAUAAAAUGUGAUCUUUUAAUAUUAUGAAUAAUUGUGUGUUAACCACAGAAAGUAGAUUAGUUAUCUGCAGGAACUUCAUCAAUCAGAGUUUGGAGCUGUAUAAACUGCAGUCACAAUAUUUACUUUCUGUAUUUGUGAUUUUAACUUUUAUUUUAUUUUUUGUUAACAAAUAUGUUUUCUUUAUAUAAUCUGUAAUGAACUGCUGUUACUUCAUUUAAAAAUUGAGCUUGAGAAGAAUUUAAGUGGUAAAUAAUGAACAGAGCUAAUUAGUUUUCAGGUGUACAAAGUAAGCAUCAUCUUUUUACUCGGGCUAAAUGCCUCGUAAACCUGAAACUUCCACGUUCUGUACCACUGAAAUUCAUCCUAUAUUAUUAUAUCAUGUUACAGUUAUUGAGCCAUUAUUCUGUGUGCUUUUUAAAAUAAAAUAUAUGUUACAAUAA